AUGAAUGGGGUGGCGCCGCCUGAGACUGCCGAGUAUAAUGAUGCGACGCCGGCGAUGCUGCGGACUUACCAAACCUGGAAAGGCAGUAAUAUAUUCUGUCUCGGGGGAAGGUUGAUUUUUGGGCCAGAUGUAAGAUCAGUCUUUCUAACAAUAGGUCUGAUAGUUGGUCCUAUCUCUGUUUUCUGCAUCUUUGUUGCAAGAAAACUGAUGGAUGAUUUUGUUGGCAAUUGGGGAAUCUUAAUUAUGGUUGUAGCCGUCAUUUUCACACUAUAUGUGUUAGUUCUUCUCCUCCUAACUUCUGGGAGAGAUCCUGGUAUUAUUCCUCGCAAUGCUCAUCCUCCAGAACCGGAAAGUAAUGGUCACGUGGAACUUGGGCUUGGUCAAACACAACAUUUGCCUCGUGUAAAAGAUGUAAUAAUUAAUGGAGUAACUGUGAAGAUCAAAUACUGUGAUACGUGUAUGCUAUAUAGGCCUCCACGCUGCUCACACUGUUCAAUUUGCAAUAACUGUGUGGAACGAUUUGACCAUCACUGCCCCUGGGUUGGACAAUGUAUUGGAUUGAGAAACUAUCGGUUCUUCUUCAUGUUCGUCUUCUCAGCAACUCUUCUUUGCUUUUACGUUCAUGGGUUUUGUUGGGUGUAUAUAAGAAGGAUAAUGGAUAAUGAACACACCUCAAUAUGGAAAGCAAUGGCCAAGACCCCUGCCUCCAUUGUACUGGUUAUUUAUUCAUUUUUCGCAGUCUGGUUUGUUGGUGGCCUGUCAGUUUUCCACCUCUACCUCAUCGGUACAAAUCAGUCGACGUAUGAGAAUUUUAGAUAUCGGUAUGACAGACGGGAUAACCCGUAUAAUAAAGGAGUGGUUCGAAACUUUAUGGAGAUAUUCUGCAGCAGUAUGCCUGCAUCCAAGAACAAAUUCCGAGCAAAGGUGAUGAAAGAACACAGCAUACCACCUUCAGUAGUCCCCAACAGUUUUGAUGUUCCAAACUUGGGAAGCCACUUAAAAAUGGGAAAAAUCGAAGACGACAGAGAUAUCAGAAGGAAGCCAGAGUGGAAUGAGGCGUUAACUAGUGGAAGUGAAUAUCAAAGACAUUAUAGACCCGAGGACAGUGAAGGUAAAGAUGCUGAGCUUGAUGCAGCAUCCUCAGAGCUAAGCAGAGUUACUCGUUCUGAGACAAUAGAUGGACGCAGGCAAUCUAGUUGGGGAAGGAGAAGUGGGAGCUGGGAUAUCUCCCCCGAAGUAUUUCCUAUGGCAUCGGGAGUUGGAGACUCCAAUCGGAUAACUCUUGCCAAUAGCGACAACUUGACGAAAAACUUGCAAUAG